AUGUUUAAAAUUGAUAGUUUAAUGUUGCAAUUGUGCUACAAUACUGCAGAUCUGCAAUUUACUACAUUUUUUUGGAUGAAAUAUUUGCUAAUUGAUGUUGAACCCUUACCAUUCAGUCUUAUACAAAAAGCAAACGACCUUGAAAUUCAACUGCUUAAUUUAAUUAUCAAUGUGAUGCUAUUUGUCUCUGGUUUCAAGGGAUAUGAAGCAUCUUAAACUCUUUAAUAAAACUCAGGUUGCCAAUUUCCUUUACCUUGUGCGGAGAGUGUAUGGAACACUUGCAAUUACUGUUCAUUAUCGCAUCAAUUUUGA